AACCAUUAAGUUUCCUAUGUUUUUGUUGGACUAGAAGGUCCAUUAUUGGCAACAAGCUAGCAGCAGAGGAGAAGAAUCAGAAUUCAGAACUGAAGUAGACAUGGCCGAAGGAAGAAACGAAGACAAAGACAGAACCAUGAAGCGCCUUCUUCUCAUAACAAACUGUCUCUUACUCACCAUCGGCACCUCCGGUGGGCCCCUCGUGAUGCGUCUCUACUUCCUUCACGGCGGCCACCGCGUCUGGCUCUCCAGCUUCCUCGAAACCGCCGGCUUCCCCCUCAUGCUCCUACCCCUCGCCGUAUCGUACUUCCGUCGCCGCCGCACCGCCGCCGCCGGAACCUCCAAACCGAAAUUAAUCUCUAUGAAGCCCCCUCUCCUCGCCGCCUCCGCCUUCAUCGGAAUCCUCACCGGCCUCGACGACUACCUUUACGCCUACGGCGUGGCGAGGCUUCCGGUCUCCACUUCCGCCCUCAUCAUCGCAACGCAACUCGGCUUCACCGCGUUCUUCGCGUUCCUUCUCGUGAGGCAGAAGUUCACGGCGUACUCCGUAAACGCCGUCGUUUUGCUCACUGUUGGCGCCGGCGUUUUGGCGCUUCACACCAGCGGAGACCGUCCCCCUGGCGAGUCCGUUAAGGAAUAUGUUAUGGGCUUUGUGAUGACAGUGAUCGCUGCGGCAUUGUAUGGAUUCAUUUUACCCUUGGUGGAGUUGGUGUACAAAAAAAUCAAACAGCCUCUUACUUACUCUCUUGUCAUGGAGAUUCAGUUCGUUAUGUGCUUCUCCGCCACUCUCUUUUGCCUCCUUGGAAUGAUCAUCAACAAUGACUUUAAGGUGAUUCCGAGGGAAGCCAAAAAAUUUGAGCACGGAGAAGGAAGUUACUAUGCUGUUUUGGUGGGGAGUGCAAUAUUAUGGCAGGCUUUUUUCUUGGGGGCGAUUGGGGUUAUAUUUUGUGCCUCGUCUUUGUUUUCUGGUAUUUUGAUUGCGGUGUUGCUACCCGUAACGGAAGUGUUGGCGGUUAUUUUCUACAAAGAAAAGUUUCAAGCCGAAAAAGGGGUUUCUCUGUUGCUCUCGCUUUGGGGCAUGGUGUCCUACUUCUAUGGGGAGAUUAAACACUCAAAGAAAAUGAAGAUGAAGAACAGUGAUACUGAAGCAGAACUGGCACAACAGUAUUCGUGAUUGAUUAUUGCAAUUUGAAAUUUGCAAUGCAGUGGUUAGUGUAAUUGAAUUUGGGUUUGAAAUUUAAAUUGGUAGGGCAGGUCGAAAAUGGCCGAGUUGCAAUUCCAUUUUCAUGCAUAUAUGGUUCUGGUUCAGGAUAGGAAUCGUUUCGUCCACAUUAUACAUGGGCGACAACAUUUGUGUUCAAGUCAAAACAAAUCAUAGGUAGCAUGAUAGAUUCUUGGAUAUAUAUGUAUGGUUGUUGUUUCGUCAAUAAAUAUGUAUGUGACAGGCCACUUAUAUAUUAUCAAAUAAGAAUCCUAUCCUGUGUGCAAGCAUAA